UCCCCCUGGCGUCCCAAACAGCGGAGGGAGUCGCCACCGCUGCAGGGGCAGCCGCGGGGAUGCCGAGCGCGGGCACCAGAGCUCUCCUCUGCGCGCUGCGCGGCUGAAGGCGCACAGGACUCAAUUACUGGAAUUGUCAACUCUACCAGUUUAUGUGCACGUUUCUCUUCCACUAUGAGCAGACCAGUUGUACUGCACAUUUGUCUGGCUUUCUGUAGCCUUCUACUUCUCGGCUUUGCCACACAAUGUCUGGCCUUCCCCAAUGUGGAAAGAAGGGAGAUAGCACCUGUUCAUGAAGAAAAAGGGCAGUCUGAGAGGCUGAACACAGAUGACCUAGAAAAUAACUCCAUUACUUCAAAGUACACUCUGGUCUCUGAAGAACCAAUGAUAGUGUUAGCAGGACCAUCAACAAUGUCAUUAAGUAAAGUAUUCCCUAGUAACAAAGAAACCCCUCCUAUAGGAGCUGGGCUCACGCAGCCUGAUAGCCCUGGCAUUUACACUGCUACUGAGCCAGUGAUCUCAGCAGGGGAAGAAGUGUUUGGUUCCAGCCAGCCAGAGAGAAUGUCUCCCGAAAGCGGACUUUCCAAGGCCAUGUUAAUGAACCCUAUCACUCCAACUGCUUCUCUGAAUAUUGAUGAGAAGGAGGAAUCCUCCCUUAGUACCAUCAUUCAGCCCAUUGUGGAAGGGACCACUGAAGCAACACAAGGUUUUCUGCACUAUGUGGAUGAUCAAUUGUUUGCAACUGAAAAUCAGGCAGGAGUUAGUCUGGGACAUUCACCUUUAUCCUAUGUGAAUGCUAAAGAGAUGCUAACCACCCGUCCAAGGACUGAGAAAUUUGAAGCAGACCCAGAGCAUAAGACAACUUCUUUUCCUGGUGCUGAGCCCACAGCAGGCGCUGAGCCUUCCCAGAUGACAGCUGAUAAUACCCAGGCUACUGCCACCAAGCACUGGCUCGCAACCUCCGAGUCCACCCUGAGUGUUGAGCCAGAAACUGACAGCCUGCUGGGAGCCCCAGAAGUCACAGUGAGUGUCACCAUAGCUGUUCCAGCUGUCUCCGUCGUAAGUGUUGAGUGGGAUGACACCAAAUUAGAGAGUGUAAGCCAGAUAAAGACCCCAAAGCUUGGAGACAAUACAGAGACUCAGGUGAGAAAGGAAACAUCUCAGACAACCCAAGCAACCAGUAAUGGUAUGGAAGGCAUGAAAGGGAGCGAAACUUUGACAGAGGCUGCAGAUGUGGCUCUGAAGCUGCCUGAAGGGGAAGCACACAGGGGAACAGCCCUGCUAAUAGCACGUGGGGAUGAGAGGUCAUCUGCCUUCACCGAUCAAAGUUCCUUUACUCCCACAAGUCCAGUGGAAGGUAUGAAAGUCUCUGUGGAAAACCUGGUCCAAAAUACUGCAGACUUCAUGGAAUCCACCAAGGAGAACAAUGCCAUGCUGUUCUUAGAGACCACUGUUUCCAUCUCAGAAUAUGAGUCUGAGGCAUAUCAGCCAUUGGGAAAUACAUUUAAAGGCAUCAUCACUCAAGAGAUGACAACAGCUGUUCAAGAAGCAGAAGCCACUUUAUCUUCAGUGAUGCAAGAGCAGCAGGUUUCUACCCUCGAGGUUACCAGAGAAGAUGUCGAGACUGAGGGAGGGAAAGAGUUGCCUUCUGCCACAGCUGAUGCUCCUGGUGUUACUCAGCUGUCGAGAAGAUGGGAGCCUCUGGCCACUGUGGUUUCAACGACACCCGUCCCUCUGUCUUUCGAAAUUACUCCCGCUGUAGAAGACCUAAUGGACACAGUCACAGGGCCGAAUGAGGAGUUGUUCACACCAAUUGUGGGUUCUCCAGUGACGCCCCCUGGGAUAAUGGAGGAAGCACCUAGCACUUCCCCAGCGCUUGCUGAUCCUGAGGCAUCUUCCGAGAGAACUGCUGCUCCAUCCAUUAGCUAUGUGAAUACAGCUGCCUCCUAUGGUCUGGACCAACUCGAAUCUGAAGAGGGAGAAGAAGAUGAGGAUGAAGAAGAUGAGGAGGAUAAAGAUGCAGACUCCCUGGAUGAGACCUUGGGUGGUGACACCGAGCUGCCUGGGUUUACUCUCCCUGGCAUCACGUCUCAGGAACCUGGCUUAGAGCAGGGAAACGUGGUCUCUUUGGAGGGAGCCACCUACCAGGUGCCGGACACCAUCGAGUGGGAACAGCAGAGUCAGGGCCUGGUGAGAAGCUGGAUGGAAAAACUAAAAGACAAGGCUGGCUAUAUGUCUGGGAUGCUGGUGCCCGUGGGGGUUGGGAUAGCUGGAGCCUUGUUCAUCUUGGGAGCGCUCUACAGCAUUAAGGUUAUGAAUCGCCGAAGGCGAAAUGGCUUCAAAAGGCAUAAAAGAAAGCAGAGAGAAUUCAACAGCAUGCAAGAUCGAGUAAUGCUCUUAGCUGACAGCUCUGAAGAUGAAUUUUGAAUUGGACUGGAAUUUAAUUGGAAGAGUCAACGAUCUUAUGAUUUUAUUUUUUAUUUGGGGGCAAAAAAAAAGAGGACAACAUUCUGCCAUGCUGGGGCUGUCAGGCCAUCAGUUUCAUUAUCUGCCGGGGAGUAGAUUUUUCGUGUACUGAGCAGAAAAGGCAUGCUGUAUAUGAACUGUAAUAUGCAGUAUUUGUUUUUAUUCUGUAGUGAAAAUUCCACAACCACGGGCUACAACUCGUAAAUAUGCAGCAUACAUGUGUUCAGUAGGAGUUGCUAGGUUAGGUAACUAUUUCGUAUUUUUCGACAUUGUCUUGUCCUUGGUUUGGACUACGUGCGCUGAAGUAUAACAAGUAUUGCUGCCAAGGCACACUUGACUCUGAAAUAGAAAUUUUAACAAAGAAGAACUUGUGAUGACUGCUCUACCUACUUGAAUCCCUAGGCUUGUGGGCCAUGCCACAUACUACAUUUGCAUCAAAACUAGCAGCAACUCGGAGUGAAAUCUUUUCAUCAAGAAGACCUCUCAGCACAUUAGGAUAUAUAUAGAUUUGUUUGUACCUUACAUUAUGUACUUGUCUCCUGGUUUUUAUUAUUUUUCCCCUUCCCUCUUAUUCUUGGCAAAGAAAAAAUGCACUAGAAAUAAUGCAUUAAAUUGACUCUCGGUCUUAA